AUGCCAACCUCCGGGUACCUGACGCCCCCCGGUUGUACCAAGGCCUCCUUGUGUAUAGCGGCUCUGCACAAGGAGAUCGUUAGGCAGGAAGAGGUAAGUACGAAAGAUACUGAACUAAUAACGAAGUUCUUAGGACGCAGAGGUGGUAAUGCAUACACGGAGAAGGUGAAGGAACAGUUCGGAGCGAACAAGAAAAAGGAGGACGAAUGGCCCAUAUCGGGGCGCGAUGAAAGCUGGGAAGAGACCCAGACCCUGCAAAAAAUAUCGGGGGAAGGAGAGAGAGAAGGAGUGGAGAACAUAUACGAUAUUAUUGGUGCGGCUAGAAUAAAACCUAGCGAGCCAAAGGACUGUGGGGAAUCACAAGAAAGAGAGUUAGUACAAAGAAGGCAGAAAAGGGGGGGGGGGGCGGAGGAUAAAGCAUCACCAGUAUUGGAGAUGCGAGGAGAAUACAGGAAGGACAAACAAGAACAAAGCGAAUCACAGAGACGUCUAAACAUUAUCAGCCUAACCAAGGCAGCAGGUGAUAUCGGAGACCUAAGUAAAGAGAUCACAAGGUUUGUGAACUCGAGUGGAAACCUGAAAAGAGAGGUGAAACAAAGGGUGGUAGAGUUAAUUAAAGAAAAUAUGCUCCGAAUAAUUAAGGCUGAAACGACAAAUGACGCAGUGGAGGGGCAGGAAACAAGCAAUGCCCCUAAAGGAAGGGAGUUUAACAAAGGGGACACGAUUCAGGAGGUAGAGGCCAGAGAGGACGACGAAUUCUGCCUGGUUGCCAGAAAAAGAAAGAGAGGCGAAAGUAAUGAGCUGAGGGCAACAGACAGCGAUAGCUCACCAGGUGAAUAG